AUGUGGGCGCUGGCGCAGGGUGAGGCUCAUGCGCUUCACCAGCAGAUGACGGAGACUGCCCAGAAGCGGGUGUCGACGCUGGAUUAUCUGCGAAAGGCUCACGAAGGCCGUGUCUACUGGUUCAACACGUACCUCUUUGACAAGCCCGAUCUCUCCCGCAUGCCCAGCUUCGACCCUCGCAAACUCUCCCGCAAGGCCACCAACUACCUGCUCCUCGGCCUCUCCAUCCCCACCAUCCACGACCUCUACUCCUCCACACCACUCGAGUUCCUCCGCUGCCUCAAUGCGCUGCUGGCCGAGUUCGACUCCUUCCAGCAGCUGCACGGCGACUCCUCGGCCGCCGCCCUGACCCGCGCCCGCAUCCCCAACAUGUUCCGCCGCCCUGGCACGAAAACCCGCCGCUCGACAUCAGCAGACGUCACCAUUGACGACUCAUCGGCCUUUGGCCAUUCACCCGCCACCGGCUCGAACAGCGCCGGCCCCGCGCCCUCAGUUAUGAACUUUGCGGCCUCCGAGUCCGACCUACUGCCCGGCGAGGAGUAUACGUAUCUUCUAACGCCAUCUCUGCCGUUCGACCCCGACUUCUUCGAGACGUUUGCAACGCUAUGCGAUGUGCUCAUUGACUGCUACACACGCUUCCUGGCAUUGGUGCCGUCGCCCAGGGAGUGCUCAGCCCCCAUUGCCGAGCUUUUCACCAAGGCGGACGCCAAGAUCCGUAAAAUCAUCGUACAGGGCGUGGUCAAGGAUUUUGAAGACCACAGCAGAUCGCACGCCAGGUCCGAAGUGGCGGGACUCGGUAAAGUUGUUUUGGGAGGUUUAAUGUGA